UAACAAACCAACAAACUUCCCUGACUACAAACACAUUAGCAACUGUGUUUAAAGAACAACUCGGCAUUACGCUGUCUUUGACUGGCUAAGGCAAAAGUUGCCAGAGGAUGUUUCUAUUACAUGAAGACGAUAACUUGGAAGUAUUUCUCUAUGUGUUUCUGGUGUCGGCCGGCUACUAUUUGUGGCGGAGAUGGAACUCAAACGACAAUUUAAGUGCUGCCGAUCUUGCAGGGAAAUACAUAUUUAUCACAGGCUGCGACUCUGGUUUUGGACAUCUGGCAGCUAGGACUUUUGAUAAGAAAGGAUUCCAGGUGAUUGCUGCCUGCCUGACAGAAAAGGGAGCUGCCAGCCUCAAAGCAGCUGCUUCCAAGCAGCUCCAGACAGUGCUGUUGAAUGUGACGGACGUAAACAGCGUCAGAGCGGUGGCAGAAAGUGUUAAAAAAGAAGUAGGAGAGAAAGGUCUGUGGGGCCUGAUCAAUAAUGCAGGGGAAAUGGGACCCUCAGCACCGACUGACUGGCUGAACAUUGAGCACUUUAGAGAACCAAUUGAAAUUAAUUUGAUCGGACUCAUAAACGUUACAUUAAAUAUGCUACCAUUGGUAAAGAAAGCCAAAGGGAGAAUAGUAAACGUAAGCAGCAUUGGCGGUCGCUUAGCAAUAUGCUCAGGAGGCUAUUGUCCAUCCAAAUUUGGGGUAGAGGCCUUCAAUGACAGUUUAAGACAAGAUAUGAAAGCAUUUGGAGUGAAUGUGUCUUGUAUUGAACCGGGGCUCUUCAAAACACCUCUCUCUGACAAAACCAAGGUGAUGGAAAAAAAAUUAAACAUUUGGAAUGCGCUUCCUUCUGAUAUCAGAAAACAGUAUGGCGAGGAUUAUCUAGCAAAAGAUGCAGAAAAGAAAGAAGAACUGAUCCAGCGGUUUCAGAACACAGACCUCUCGCUGGUUGUGAAGUGUAUGGAGCAUGCUUUAACGACCAGAUAUCCACGAAUCCGGUACAGUGCAGGCCGGGAUGCUAAUAUUUUCUGGCUACCCCUGUCUAACAUGCCAGCUUUUCUGCAGGACUCAGUACUCAUGAGAAAUAAAGUUAAGCUGGCAAACCCGAUGGCAGGGUAAUUCCCCUUUUUAUGGCUACGAGUUUCCGUUGUAACCUUAACCGGUUGGCCCAAAAUAAAGACUGGAUCCAUCUCAGUCACUGUUAGUUUAAUCACAACCUUUAAAAAAAAAAAAAAUUCAUGUUUUAAAAGCAGCUCCAAUGGAAAGAUCACUAGAGCUGGGUUCAGAGAUGAA